UGCAUCUCCCUCCUCCAUCUCCCCCCAUCUCCCCCGGCCCUAGCCCGGUCCCUCGCCGGAAAUGCAUCCCUCCGCCGCCGCCCCGCCGCCCCCGCAGCAGCCCGCCGCCGCCGCCGCCGCCUCCCCCAAUCCCUCCUCGACCUGGUAAACCCCCUCCUGUCUCUCCUCCUCCUCUCGUCCCUCACCGUCCGGUCCUUCACCGGGCGGUGGCAGGCCCUCCGCUCCAAGCUCACCUCCCUCCACUCCUCCCUCUCCUCCCUCUCCUCCUCCCCGCACUGGUCCGACAACCCCCUCCUCCUGACCCUCCUCCCCGAUGUUCUCUCCACCCUCCAGCGCCUCCGCUCCCUCCACGACCACUGCUCCGCCCCUUCCUUCAAUGGCAGCAAGCUCCACAUGCAGAGCGAUCUCGACAUGGCCUCCACCUCCCUCUCCAACCACCUCCACGACCUCGACCUGCUCCUCAGAUCCGGCGUCCUCCACCAGUCCAACGCCAUCGUCCUGUCCCAGCCCGGCCCGGGCUCCGGCAAGGACGACGUCCAGUUCUUCGUCAAGGAUCUCUUCACGCGCCUCCAAAUCGGGGGGAUCGAGUUCAAGAAGAAGGCUCUCGAGUCGCUGCUCCAGCUCCUCGCUGACGACGAGAAGGCCGCAAGCCUCGUCGCCAGGGAAGGUAACGUCGCUUAUCUGAUCCAUCUGCUCGAUCUGAAUAACAAUAGCUCCGUCCGCGAACAAGCGCUCGCGGCUGUCUCGAUUUUGGCCUCCGCCAACGACGAAUCGAGGAAGAGCGUGUUCGAGGGAGGUGGAUUGGGGCCGUUGUUAAGGAUCAUCGAGACAGGUUCUUCGGCGCUCAAAGAGAAGGCCACCAUUGCCGUGGAGGCAAUAACCGCCGAUUUGGAGAACGCGUGGGCCAUUUCUGCGUACAGCGGCAUCUCUGUGCUCGUCGAGGCCUGCAGAUCAAGUUCUCCGGCGACUCAGUCGCACGCGGUGGGGGCGAUUCGGAACGUCGCUUGCGUGGCGGACAUAAAAGUGGCUUUGGCCGAGGAAGGCGCCGUUCCGGUGCUAGUGCAGUUACUGAGCUCGAGUUCGACGUCGGCGAUAGAGAAAUCAGCCGGCACGAUUGCGAUUUUGGCGGAAUCCGGCGAGUACUUUCGCACUCUGAUAUUACAGGAAAGAGGAUUGCAGAAAUUAAUGCGUUUGACUCAGGAUUUAUCGAGUCCGGAUGCACUGGAGAGCGUCUUCCGUGCGAUUAGCUCGCUAUUAGCUUCAGAUGCCGUGGCACGCAUCUUGUCGUCUUCAACCACAUUCAUUGUCCAAAUCGGCGAACUAAUCAAACACGGGAACAUCAGAUUACAGCAGAUUUCGGCGUCGUUGUUGUCUAAUUUGUCGCUAAGCGAUGGCAACAAGCGGGCGAUCUCGAGCUGCAUGGGCUCGCUGUUGAAGCUGAUGGAGUCGCCGAAGCCGGUUGGUUUGCAGGACUCGGCGACGCAGGCGCUGGUGGCGCUGCUGACCGUCCGGUCGAACCGGAAGGAGCUGGUGAGGGACGAGAAGUGCCUGACGAGGCUGGUCCAGAUGCUGGAUCCAGAGAACGAGCUGGUGCCGAAGGGGCUACCGGUGGCCGUGGCGUCGGCGAUCGUCGGGACGGCCAGCCAGGGAUGCCGGAAGAGGCUCGUGGCCGCCGGGGCUCACCAGCACAUGCAGCGGCUGGCGGAGAUGCAGAUCGCCGGAGCGAGGAGGGCGUCGCAGAGGCUCGCCGGAAACAGGCUGAAGACGAUGUUCAGCCGGUCGUGGAGGGAAUAAGCGAGUUGCGCCAACUAACCACCCCGCCAAACAAAAGGGGCUGAUGUGCCUUCCUCGGAUUUGUCUAACCGUCAAAGAUGGAAAACUACCCGCCAACACGCGCUCACAUGCUCCGAGCUGUCCGAAUUCUUUCUUCUUCUUCUUCUUUUUUUCUUUUUUUUCCACCCUCCUUUUCUUUUUAUCAUAAAAGUAUAUUAUUAUGUCUAAAAAGGAAAAAAAAAGAAAAUCUCCUUGCCACUAAUAUUAUAUUGAUAGCAAAAGCAUGAUGGAUGCGGUUUUUAGGGAGUAUCCUCGUUUUGCUUUCUCUUGUCUUGUUUCAUAGUCCUUAAUUUUAUGUGCUCAUGAAGCUGUAAGAGCGAUAUUGUCUUAUGACCCUUCAUAUCAUACGUAACCGUCUUAGAGUUUUCUCCUGGCUGAUUUGUAAUGAGAGGAGUUUUAUUCAGAAAGAAUUUGCUGAGUGUUUCUUCCC